CAGCAGCAGCUGCUGCAGCAGCAGCAGUGGCUGCAGGCGCGGCAACCGCAGCAGCACCUUGGCCUGCUGCAGCUGCAGCAGCAGGGCCUGCAGCACGUGAAUGCCCUUCUGCAGAAGGAGCACCCGCCCCACGCCACGUGGGUCGGCGGCCUGCCCAGCCUCGCGGGGGGCGCGCAGCCGCAGAACUUCGAGAGCCUGAAGAAUGUCGUGCUUGAGCUCUUCAAGGAGGCUGGCACAAUCUGCUACAUCGACAUGCCGACGAGCGGCCGCGCGUGCGUCCUGGGGUUCGAGACCGAUCAGGCGGCCCAGGCGGCCGUCGCGAUCUUCCACGGGCACCGCUUCAUGUUCGGCUCUCCGCCUUGGAGUCCCCUGACGGUGCUGCGGAAGCAUGGCGCCCGCGUGGUCAACGGGGUCCGCGUCAGCACAGCCCCCAGCACCAAGGCCGCUGCGGCGGCCGCGCCGCCGCAGCCGGCCCUCGGCGCGCCCCUCGCGGGCGGCGUGGCGGCCCCGCUGCCCGCGGGCUCCGCGGGCGUGUCGGUGGACGGGCGGGUGCGGGACCUGGCGCGGGUGCUCGCCGACCCGGGCAGCGGCCGGGAGAGGUUGCUCGCGGCGCUGCACGACCUGCGGCUGGUGAGCGUGACCAACGAGCUCCUGGAGGCCACCGCCGUCCACACUGUCACGAAGCGCCUGAUCGAGGGGGAGCAGACGGACCACGACGCCGGCCGCGUCUGGCGGGCCCCUGGAGGCUGAGGCACUCCUGGAAGCUGGCGCUGGCGGGCCGCCGGGCGGAGGCCGCGGCGAGGCCGCGGCCGCAGGCGGCGGCGCCGCCGCCCGCGGAGCAGCUGGAGGCCGAGGACACCGAGGGCUCCGACGCAGGCGAGGAGGCCGCGGCCGCGGGCGGCGAGGAGGCGGCCGCGGGCGCUCCCGGGGGAGAGGAC